AUGCCGACCAGCUUUUUGACACAGGAUGUCGAGAAGUUUUGCGAUGGACUCGUGGAGUUUUAUUCAAAUGUUACGAAGGUAGAACUUUUUUCAGCGGAAAGCGUUAAAAAUGGAAUAUUCUUUAAUAUCAAGGCUCAGUUCCUUUUUAGAAUAUCUGGAUAAUUUAAAAAAUAAUGAAAAUUUGAAGACUGCAGCUUGAUAUACGAGAAUGAAUCUAAGGGAUUCUGAAAAAAGUAUGGAUGACUUGGUUGCAUGUAGAUGGACUACCUGCGUUGCGGUCGCGCGGCGGCUCAAUAUGAAACUGUAAAAUGAUAUUUUGGAGCAACCGCUUCGCAGCCGCAACGCUUCAAGCCAUUACCAGUACGACUUGCCUCAAACCCCAAAAUUUCUCAGCCGAUCCUCGACAUGUUCCUCUACGUCUACAAAUUGGGCCAAGUCCUCGGCUGGGGAGCUCCCGGAAUCCUUUUCGGCUAUUUGAUGUUCUCGAUGGUGGUCUUGACGCGAUUGCGAAAGCCGGUGACUACCGUAAUCCUUUAAUUCCAACGGAAAUCUUUCUCAGAUCGCCAAAUUGACGGUUCAAGAACAAGCUCUAGAAGGCGAAUUCCGGUACGUCAAUUCCAGGUUGAUCAUGAACAGCGAGGAGGUCGCCUUCUACUCGGUUCGAUUUGUGACGUCAUCAACUUAUUAAUGACGUCAUUUUUAGGGUAACCAACGAGAGAGAAUCGCGUUGAUGGGAAGCUUCGCGAAGCUCGUUCAGCACUUGAGGAAGACCAUCUUGUUCAGGUAAUAAUGGCAAAAACGGAGGCUGGAGUCGAACCUGUGGCCGUUUUAGUGGUAAUUUGAAGAAUAUUGAGCCUUUUUUGAACAAAUUAGAGCUUUCAGAUGGUGUUUUUCAAAGGGAAACGUUUCUCUUUGCAUUUUGAAGAUUAUAUAUAUAAGUUCCAUAUGAAUUGAUGACGUCAUUUUUUUGAUUUAUUGAAUGAUUAAGCGAUUUCGACUUGAUGACGUCAUUUUUUUGAUUUAUUGAAUAAUUAAGCGAUUUUGACUUGAUGACGUCAUUUUUUUGAUUUAUUGAAUGAUUAAGCAAUUUUGACUUGAUGACGUCAUUUUUGAUUUAUUGAAUGAUUAAGCGAUUUUGACUUGAUGACGUCAUUUUUGAUUUAUUGAAUGAUUAGUCGACUUUUGACUUGAUGACGUCAUUUUUGAUUUAUUGAAUGAUUAAGCGAUUUUGACUCUAUGACGUCAUUUUGAAGUUAUUUAUACUGACGUCAUAUCGAUUCGUUUUCGGAAAAGAACUCGUUACAAUAAAAAAUUUUCGAUGAUGUCAUUUUUGAAAAAAAAUGGGUUUUGAUUCCGAAAAAUUUACAAAACCCAGGUAGUCAGUAUCUGAAAACUUCAUAUCGUGAAUUUUCUUGGAAUGCCAUUUUUAUUUUUUUAAAAUUUUUUUUGGCUUAAUUCGAGGUUGUUUCGAUUGGAUCUUCUGUCACUCAAUCCGUGAAAUCGUGAAUCUACAGAUUCACCAUCGGUUUCAUGGACAAUAUCAUCGGAAAGUACAUCACCAACAUUGUCGGCUGGGUCGCCUGCGCCAGAACCUUCUUCGACAUGAAUAAUGAAAGGCUGAAUGCCUUGGAUCGGAACGGUUUGAUGCAGGUUUGGCUUGAAAAUCUAUUGAAACAGUUAAUUUUUUCGAAUUUUAGGAGCUCUACAACUCGGGAAGGAUGAUUAUGAAGUUGGCCGAGGCGUUGGGACGAUUGGCCUUGGCUGGAAGGGAAUUGACAAGACUCAGUGGUUUCACUUCUAGAGUGGACACUUUGAUGAAGGUGAGCGGGAGAAAAAUCCAGAAAUCCUUGCUGAAGACUUAAAUUUGAUAAUGUUACUUUUCACGGCGUGGAAGACAAUAUGAAUCCAACAUCAAAGUGGGCGGAGUCGAGACCUUCGCCGUUCCCACGUGACGUCAGAUUUUGGCUCUAAGAGCGUAAAUAAAAGGGCAUAUUAAAGGCGCAGACGGCCGCAUUGUCAUAAACCUUUGAGACGAAUCUCUAUAAAUAAACGCAAUUUUUCUGCGCGAGAGCGGCGCAGUGCAUGCACAAGACACACCACAAUUUACGCAGAAAAAGUGUGCGGGACCUAGUGUCUUAGGGAAAACGAAACGGAGAAGUUCACUCGAAAAAAAGUUCUAAAAAGUCGGAGGAUGUUUUUUUCACUUUACGGUUAGGAUUUGCCUGAAAAUUGGCCAAAACGAUCCUUGACCUUCCAGAAACAUCUUCUACAACUUUUAACUUUUUGAAAAAGGAUACGUCAAAGCCAAAGAAAUCAUUAUCAUCAUCAUCGAAAACCCUCAAAAUCCAUGAAAAUAGGCCAAAAGAGCCCUUAUAUCUCGGAAACUAGGAAGUUUUGCAUGAUGAGACUUACAGAAGCUUCUUGUGGUGGAUCAAGGAAAAUUCGAACCGAUUUUAAGGGACAUCCCAUCCAAAAGUAAACAUGACUCACUUGUCAGAAGCAGAAAAGACCUGAAAUUUGAGUUUUCACUUACUUUUCUUGUUCGAAGUUAGUUUAGACUUAGAAGACGACAAAUUUUAAGUAUUUUCCCUCUGAUCGCUCAGAAUAACCGGAAAAAUUUUCUUUUUAAGGUAUUGGACUUCAAAAAAAAAUCCUGAAAGAGGAGAAGCUCAAAAUCUGAAUUUUUCAUGUAUUUUUUCGUUCAGGAACUUCAAAAAAGAUAAAAACUUGGAAAAAGUUGAUUUUCCUUUGAAAUUUGGCUCUAAAUAACUUAUCCCUUCUUAAAUUUCAUUUCUGGUAGGAACUGUGUUUUUUAAAAAACUAGAAGAAGGAGAAGCUGAAAGUUUUGAAAUCUCCUUUUUAUUUUUUACAAGCUUCUUGGGACUUCUAAGAUUUGUGAAAAGCUCAAAAUUAGAUCUUUGUAGUCUGUUUGUAGUUUGCGCUUCAAGUCGUCGCUCAAGCUCCGCCCCUAAUGGUGCGAUAAACCAAUCACAGAGCGAGCCAUCCACGGAGCGUUUUUGAAUGACGUCAUUGUGCUUGAAAUUCAAAAUCUGAACAGACUAUAUUUUUUGAAACCAGUUUUUCUUCAAACCCAACCAAUCUCAGGUGAUGAAUGAUCUCGAAAAAGGAGCCUAUGAGAGAACUAUGGUCAACGAAAAAGGAGCUGGCUCAAUGACAGUUCAUAGCAAUCCUCUUCAAGCCGGUGGAGGUCGGUACACAGCUCUCGCCAAGUCAAAGAAGCUUUUUAGGGCAGGUGAUCGCCCAGGACAACGUGAUCCGCUUCGAAGACGUCCCUUUGGUCACUCCCAAUGGAGAUGUCCUCAUUGAAAGCUUGAACUUCGAAGUAAGUUCUCAUUGCAAACCACGCCUACUUUUCUGUGCCUCAGGUGCAAUCUGGCCGAAAUGUACUCGUCUGUGGACCCAACGGCUGUGGAAAAAGCUCACUUUUCCGAGUUUUGGGUGAACUUUGGCCGAUUUUCGGCGGCAGAUUGACAAAACCUGCUAAGGGAAAACUAUUCUACGUUCCUCAGGUCUGCAAUUUAUCGAUUGAUUCCAUCGAUUAUCGAUUAUUUCUUUCCAGAGGCCUUACAUGACCCUGGGAAACCUCAGAGAUCAGGUCAUUUAUCCGGACACUCCGUUCGACAUGUCCAGGAAAGGCAUCAACGACCGGGACUUGGAGGAGAUGCUGGAAAAAGUGCGCGGUGGUUUUGCAUUUUUGAAGUCACGCCCACUUUUCUGUGCCUUGUUGAAAAAUUUGUCCCGUGGCAAAAAAUAUAGACUCACAAUAUUUUUGCACGGUCUUGUGAUUCAACAGUUUGGAGAAAUCACAAAAAUUCAGACUUAAUUGAAGUUGACUCCGCCCAUUUUUCCGCGCCUUCAUAAGGAUUAUUCCCACUUUCAGGUCCAACUUCGUCAUAUUCUGGACCGAGAAGGCGGUUGGAAUUCUGUUCAAGAUUGGAUGGACGUCCUUUCUGGCGGAGAAAAGCAGAGAAUCGCUGUGAAUUCCGAAAAGUCAAUAAAUUCAAUAAAUCAAUAAUUCAAGAUGGCCCGAUUAUUCUACCAUCGACCUCAGUUUGCUAUUCUCGACGAGUGCACCUCGGCCGUUAGUGUUGACGUUGAAGGUGGGCGUGGCUUAUUUGCAAGUGCGGCACGAUUUUUUAGGCGCCAUGUACAGAACUUGUCGUGAAAUGGACAUUACCCUGUUCACUGUUUCCCAUAGGAAGGUUAGAUUAAAAAAAAUUUUUUUUUCAAAAAUUCAAUUUUUCAGUCCCUUUGGGUGCAUCAUGAAUACACGUUGUACUUGGACGGCCGUGGAAACUACAGUUUUGAGAAAAUUGACGAAAAUACGAACCAAUUCGGAUCAUGA